UGAGCUCCUUGGUUUGCCGUAGGCUUGCAAUGGUAUCCUAGCAACCCAAACAAAGAACGGGUACGGUGUUUAAAGCAAUGUCGGACAUUUUUACAUUUAUUUUAACAUUCAAACUAACUUUUGUAGCUACUGCUGAGCUACUUGUUGCUUAACGUUAGUGUUUGGUUGACUUAGGUGUCAGAAAGUAGGCUAUCUUACUUUAUUAGCUGUAGAGUACCCUACCGGCGCUUCUGUAGCACGCUGGUGAAGAUGGACCAAACCUCAUGUCAUCCUCGUCUUUAUGUGGAAAGAACUCUGGCCCUUAUUAAACCAGAUGCCAUCCACAAAGCGGAGGAGAUAGAGGAUAUUAUCCUCAGAUCCGGCUUCAUUAUCCUGCAGAAGCGGAUGCUACAGCUAAGUCCAGAGCAAUGCAGUGACUUCUACGCAGACCAGUAUGGAAAGCUCUUCUUUCCCAGCUUGACUGCCUUCAUGAGCUCCGGCCCCACCAUUGCCAUGACUCUGGCCCGCGACAAUGCUAUUACCCACUGGAAGUCCAUCAUAGGGCCUGUCAACAGCAUCAAGGCCAGGGAAACUCAUCCGGAGUGCCUUAGAGCAAAAUAUGGCAGUUCCGACCUGAAAAACGCACUCCAUGGCAGUGAGUCAUUUCAAGCGGCUGAAAGGGAGAUCAAAUUCAUGUUCCCAAACUCUAUAAUCGAGCCCUUUCCCUCAAGAGAAGCAACCGAAGAAUACCUGAGCAGGUAUGUAAACCCAACUCUGCUACACGGACUCACUGAGCUCUGCAAGCACAAGCCACACAACCCCUGUAUUUGGCUGGCUGACUGGCUGAUCACAAAUAAUCCAAACAUGCCUAAAAUAUGUGAGGGAGCCAUUGUGGAAGAAGCGGAAUGAAUGCAUUAUUUAAGUUUUUUAUAUGUUCAGUAGUAUGAUUAAAUACAUGUCUUUUCAGCACUAA